AUGUCCGCAGAAACCGCUACCAACCCUCCAGUCGACACGCUCCCUGGUGCCGCUCCUGAGCCUGCAGCAAACGGUAGCAAUGCCAACACAACCGCUGAAGAUACCGCUGGCGAGGCUGGCCAGGCUCCCGGUAGUGCGAAUGCUCAACCUCACUCUGCAUCACUCUAUGUUGGCGAGCUAGACCCCUCGGUUACCGAGGCCAUGCUUUUCGAACUUUUCUCUUCCAUUGGCCAAGUUGCAUCUAUUCGUGUUUGCCGUGAUGCUGUUACUAGACGAUCGCUUGGAUAUGCCUACGUCAACUACAACAACACUGCCGACGGUGAGCGUGCGUUGGAAGACCUCAACUACACCCUGAUCAAAGGCCGCCCCUGCCGUAUCAUGUGGUCUCAGCGUGACCCAGCUCUUCGCAAGACUGGCCAGGGCAACGUGUUCAUUAAAAAUUUGGAUACAGCUAUUGAUAACAAAGCUCUUCACGACACAUUCGCUGCUUUCGGCAAUAUUCUGAGCUGCAAGGUUGCCCAGGAUGAAUUUGGCAACUCCAAGGGCUAUGGCUUUGUUCAUUACGAAACCGCCGAAGCUGCACAAAAUGCAAUUAAGCAUGUCAAUGGCAUGCUAUUGAAUGAUAAGAAAGUCUUCGUUGGUCAUCAUAUCGCCAAGAAAGAUCGCCAGAGCAAAUUUGAAGAGAUGAAGGCAAACUUCACCAACGUCUACGUCAAAAAUAUCUCUGAAGGUACUACAGAUGAAGAAUUCCGUCAACUCUUUGAGAAGUUCGGAGAUAUAACUUCCGCAACCCUUGCCCACAACUCAGAAACUGGGAAGACCCGCGGGUUUGGAUUCGUUAAUUUUACAAACCAUGAGAGUGCCGCCGCUGCUGUUGAUGACUUAAAUGACAAAGAUUUCAAAGGUCAGAAGCUGUAUGUUGGUCGCGCUCAAAAGAAACAUGAGCGUGAAGAGGAACUUCGCAAGCAAUAUGAGGCUGCACGUAUCGAGAAGGCCUCGAAAUACCAAGGAGUUAAUCUUUACAUCAAGAAUUUAACUGACGACGUUGACGAUGAAAAACUCCGAGAACUCUUCAUAAACUAUGGCACCAUUACCUCUGCUAAGGUUAUGCGUGAUAGCUUCGCCCCCGAAUCCUCUGAUUCAGAAAAAGAUACAAAGAAAGAAACCAAAGAAUUAGAGAAGGAUGAAUCUAAGGAUGAGUCGACCGAAAAGCCAGAUAUUAAGGAUGGUAAAGAAAAUAAAUCUGACACCAAGAAACCUGAAAAGAAGUUUGGCAAGAGUAAAGGUUUUGGAUUUGUGUGUUUCAGCAGCCCCGAGGAGGCUUCGAAGGCCGUCGCGGAAAUGAAUCAGCGUAUGAUUGGAGGUAAACCUUUGUAUGUUGCUUUGGCUCAACGCAAAGAUGUCCGUAGAAGUCAACUUGAAGCAAGUAUACAAGCUCGAAAUACUAUUCGACAACAACAAGCAGCAGCGGCAGCUGGAAUGCCACAACCCUUCAUGCAGGCAGCGGUAUUUUAUGGUCCCGGCCAGCAAAAUUUCCUUCCAAACCAACGUGGCGGCAUGCCAUUCCAACAGCAGCCUGGCAUGGUUAUCCCAGGUAUGCCCGGCGGCCGUCAUGGUCAGUUCGGCGGUUUCCCGGGACAACAGGGCGGUCGUGGCAUGAACCCAAAUCAACCAAUGCCUCCCAAUGCGUAUGGUAUGGGCGCACAAGGCAUGCCCAUGGGUAUGCAGGGCGCUGGAAUUCCCAACGGUCUUAACUUUCCACAAAUGGCCCAGGUCCAAGCUCCGUUCGGUCGGGGACGUGGUCAAGCUCCCAAUGUUCAAGGUAUACCUCCAAAUGUUCCUGGAAUGGCUCCUGCUCAGUUUGGACGUGGUAUGCAAAUUCCACAGGGUAUGGGUCGCCCCGGACAAGGAGGUCGUGGACAAGGAGCGGCAGGUCAGCCAGGGCGCGAUGAAGCUGCCGGGCCUAAUGGCCUCACUCUUCAAGUUUUGAAUGCUGCACCGCCUGCGCAGCAGAAACAGAUGCUUGGUGAAGCAAUUUAUCCCAAGAUUGCAGCCCAACAACCAGAACUUGCUGGUAAGAUUACGGGUAUGCUUUUGGAAAUGGACAACGCCGAGCUACUCGCUUUGGUCGAUGAUGAGGCGGCUUUAAAAAUCAAGGUUGACGAAGCGCUUACUGUUUAUGAUGAAUAUGUCAAGAGCAAAGGUGGCGAAGCUGGCGAACCCAUUGAAGAUCCUUCCAAGCCAAAAGACACUACACAUGAAACAGCAGAGGAAAUAAAGUCCUAA